UGACGUAAAACGUCGCCCCACAGGUUGAGAUGGAAGGGAUGUGAUGACUAUCCCACGGUAUUAGUUCGUCAACCCCUUUCCGACCGACGCCGCCCCCCUGAUUCCAAAUUCUUCGCUUUCUCUCCCGCCGCCUAUGGAAGCGCUGGCCACCUCCUCUCAUCCGACAACCCUCCUCCUCGGUCGCCACCGCCGCAGACUGCCAGCAUCCUUCCCUGCCGUACUCGCCACCGCAUCCUUAGGCGGACGAUUCCCUUUCCUCCGUCACUCCCUCCCAUGCGGUUUCUCUUCCCGACUGCCCUCACUCUCAUGCUUCUCUCUCUCACAUUCCUCCCUCGGCUUCACAGGUGAAAACGAUGAGGCCUUUAAGUUCGCAGAGGCUGCCAACAACGGAAAUUUGGUUCCCCUUUUCCGUUCCAUCUUCAGUGAUCACCUUACACCGGUGUUAGCCUACCGUUGUCUCGUGAAAGAGGAUGAGCGCGACGCUCCCAGCUUUCUCUUCGAGUCAGUGGAGCAAGGUUCCAUGGGUACUAACGUUGGUCGUUACAGUGUUGUGGGAGCUCAGCCGGCCAUGGAGAUCGUCGCCAAGGAAUACAGUGUGUCCAUUAUGGACCACGAGGAAGGCCACAUGACGGAGGAGAUUGUUGAGGAUCCAAUGCUAAUUCCACGGAAAAUCAUGGAGAGUUGGAGCCCUCAGUUAAUUACAGAGCUUCCUGAUGUAUUUUGUGGUGGAUGGGCAGGUUACUUUUCCUAUGAUACUGUUCGAUAUGUUGAAAAGAAAAAGCUUCCCUUCACUAAUUCCCCUAGGGAUGACAGAAACCUCCCAGAUGUCCACCUAGGACUCUACAACGAUGUGAUAGUGUUUGACCAUGUUGAGAAGAAAGCAUAUGUGAUUCAUUGGGUGCGAGUGGAUCGGUAUUCCUCCAUUGAGAGUGCUUAUCAAGAUGGGAAAAAAAAAUUAGAUAAUUUGCUAUCUAGGGUGCACAAUGUCAAUGUCCCCACACUCUCUGCUGGCUCUGUGAAACUGUCUACUUAUCAGUUUGGUGCGGCUUUAACAAAGUCAUCGAUGACAAGUGAAGAAUACAAAACGGCUGUUUUGCAUGCUAAAGAACAUAUCUUUGCUGGUGACAUUUUUCAGAUAGUUUUGAGCCAGCGUUUUGAGCGGCGCACAUUUGCAGAUCCAUUUGAAGUUUAUCGAGCUUUGAGAAUUGUGAAUCCAAGUCCAUAUAUGGCUUAUUUACAAGCAAGAGGUUGUAUUCUAGUAGCAUCAAGUCCUGAAAUCCUUACACGAACAAAGAAGAGGACAAUUGUUAACCGACCACUUGCUGGAACAGUUAGAAGAGGUAAAACAGAGGAGGAGGACAAAUGGCUUGAACAGCAGUUACUAAAUGAUGAAAAACAAUGCGCUGAGCACAUUAUGCUUGUAGAUUUGGGACGGAAUGAUGUUGGAAGGGUGUCAAAAGCUGGUUCAGUGAAGGUGGAGAAACUUAUGAAUGUUGAGAGAUAUUCACAUGUGAUGCACAUUAGCUCUACGGUUACAGGAGAAGCACUUGCUGAUCUAACUUGCUGGGAUGCACUCCGUGCUGCAUUACCUGUAGGAACUGUUAGUGGAGCUCCAAAGGUGAAAGCCAUGGAGUUAAUUGAUCAAAUGGAAGCUACCCGACGAGGGCCUUACAGUGGUGGUUUUGGAGGAGUGUCAUUUACGGGUGACAUGGACAUUGCAAUUGCUUUACGAACCAUAGUGUUUCCAACUGGGAGCCGCUACAACACCAUGUUCUCAUAUAAGGACAUGCAGAGACGCCAAGAAUGGGUUGCUCAUCUUCAAGCUGGAGCUGGCAUUGUGGCAGACAGCAAUCCUGAUGAAGAGCAGAAAGAGUGUGAGAACAAGGCGGCAGGACUUGCUCGGGCUAUAGACCUUGCAGAAUCAACAUUUGUGUAAGGAUGAAACUUGUUUCACUAGUCUUUGGUGUAUCCGAGAUUUGGCAUUCCAGCAUUAAGUUUAUUUUUGCUUGUGAGUCUAGCAUCUCUGGUAAUCCAAGAUCACUCAUCAGUUUUUAUUGCUUUUUUUAAAACCCUAAAAUGUUGGGCAUUGCAAUUGCUGACAAAUUAAAUUGGUUGAGAUUUGUGCUAUAGUUGGUGUAUAUGAGAUGAUUUACUUUCUCUAAUGAUUAUUUUAUGGUUUUCAAGCUCA